AGUCUUCCCUUGACUUCGAAAGUGAAAUAAGCGCGCUAAGUUUCGGGACUUUUAAUCCAAGCUCAUUUCGACUGCUGUCACCCACAAGUGUGUUUACAAAUUUUUAAUCAUUUCAACCGUCAAAUCUCAAUGGAAUACUAAACUAUUAUUGUUUGUCAAAUGUGAAUUGUUGCCUUUUGAGUUCCGGACGCACCCACUUGUUGGAUUCUCAGCUGCGAACCCACGUGGUCUCUGUUUUACUUCAUUGCCUCAUCAUCCUGUGUGUGAAACGAUGUUAUAGAUUUGAAGGAGGAUACUCUUUAAUGUUGGGAAGACAGUAAGGGCUCCAGUACGCAGACGAGUAGUGCAAUGUUAGUGGAGCUCUUGAUAUCAAUGGGGUAGUAAAAGCGUUGAGCUGAGUAAGCCGAGUCUGUGGAGCAAAAUGACAGCCUGUCACGAUCCUUACAAAGAAUUGGAAUUCUAUCUUAAAGAAGCUGAAGAUGAAAUUGGCAGGGCUAUUCAAGAGCUAGAAGAACAGGAAGAGACUGGACUUGUGGACCCGUGUUCUAAAGCUAAACCUAACGAUGUUUUACUGCCACCACCCCAAGAAUUCCAAAGUCGGAUCUCUUGCGAUGCAUUCGAAACUUCUUCUCUUAGCAGCUCUACAUCCUCAUCAACUUUAAACCGAGUCUGUCACGACGGAAACACCGUAGACUUCAAAAAUUCUUCAGAUAAGCUGAAUUCUAUCAAUGAUAAUAAUCCUCUGAAAACAUGCUUUUCCUCUUGUUUAAGUCCUGGUACAUUGGGCAGACGUGGGAAGCUAUCAUACUCACCAAAUACUAGGAGAAGAUUAUGGCAAAUGCAUCCAUCGCUCUCAUUCCCUGAAACGUCUAAAGAUUUAUUGUUGUUAGGGACGAAAAUAACAUCAUCUUCUGAGAAUCAUAGUGGGAAACUGUGUAAUGGGGAUCCAGCCAAUGUCUAUGGAACUAACCAUGAAUCACGGACGUUCGCGCACUCAUGCACUAAUGUCCGCCAGCGAUCUAGCUCAGACACAUUGGUUCCAUUUACUGUGCGCAGUGAACCUGAUGAUCAGUUUCGGUUUCCGACACCACCUUCUGGGGAUGUUAAUUUGCUGUCUAUUUGGGCAAAUAACCUGGUUUUAGAGCUGGACAAAACAUUCUCUAGUGAAUUCAACUCAGUAUCUAGUAUCAGUCCUUCCUCUGACUACAGUCUCAGUCCAACGAAACCAGAUGAUUCCUUGGAUGUAGAUAAUGGCAUUUCUAAUUUUCGUGAAACGAAGUCAGAUUCUGUUGACUUACGUUCGGAACAGUUCUUCAAUAGGAGCUUGAAAGUUGUUUCAAUGUCUCCCGAUAGUGGCAUUGAUCAGACUAUUGAAAUGACUGGUGACUGCGUAGGUUCAUGCAAUUGUAAACAGAAAUUAGUCAUUAAUUGUGAUUAUACAGUUCCCAAUUAUUGCGUGGAUCAAAUUACGCCUCCUCCUCCAGAAUUUGAUGAUAUUCAUGCAUCUGAUGAAGUUUUUCUAGAUUCAAAUUCUCAAGCUGCUAAAAAUUAUCGCAACGGCCCCUUUCCUUGGGUGAGCAUUUUAAAUGGGGCAGUUCCUAUUUGUGAAGUACCAGAGUCGUUAGAAAUUGUAGAAAAUACUGUGCAAGAUGUUGGUGUCCAUGCUCACUAUGUUGCUUCAAGAACUGUGCAGUUAAACGAUUAUGCUGUUGUGCAAACCACAUGUUGUGUCAAUGGAAUAAGUGAGUUUGAACAGCAAUCGGAAAGCAAAAAAAUGGGUGCUGGAAGUGUAAAUAUGGGUUACCACACGGUUGCGAGUUCACCAAAAUCCAAAAAAACUAUACCAAAUGGGAUUAAAAAAUGGAGUUGUACUCUACCUAGAGAACCUGGAAAGAAUGAGGAUAUAAUUCCUUUUUAUCGAUCAGUUUCUCAAGAUGCUGUGACUUCCAUCGCUGAUGUGAGUAUCGAAGAGUUAGCUGCAUUUAUGCAGAGAAUGAAAAGUGAGCUACAGCUGAAUCCAUCAUGUGCAGAUGUAUCGACUGAUGUAAAUGAUGACAGCGAAAUUAAAGAUGCAGACACUCAAACUACACCUUUGCCACUUUCUAGGAGCUCAAGCUUCACGUGGGUUACGGAGUGUGAUUGCAGUGAUUGGGAUACGAAUAAUCUAAAUAGUGGAUCAGAAGAGAGCUUGUUCAUGGCUCAGUGCUCGAAUUGUCAGAGAGAUGGUCGAAACCAAAAAUCGACGUCCUCAUCAUCCAUUGGAGUGUCAUCUGGUGACGACGAAUGUCCUGCAAGUCCUGGUUCCGGAAGCAGCAGUCUCUAUCUUUCUGCCUGCUCUGGAUCAACCGAUUCUUUUGAAGAAGCGACCACUUCCGUUGACGGGCAACUUGAACAGAUCAAGUCUAGUGACGAUUCUAAGGUUCAGAAUGGUCGUCGGCCUCAACGUGGAAGUGAAACCACGUUGCUCAGAGGGUCGACUUUAGGAGACAUAUCUGAAGAGCAAGUUACUAGCGAGAGCAUUUCCAUCAAGUCUACCAUCAGCAAUCCAUCCCUCUCUGAUGCCAAUAAUACAGACAUGGCUGGUCAGUCGGCCUCGUUUCCAUCAACGCUUAAAGUGACCAGAAGGAAUCGGUCAACUGGAAGUCCAGCCCAACCCAUUGAACCUACAGUUUUGAUUAUCAAUGAACUAAACCUGAAAUCGGUGUCGGCUCCAGUGUUAAGACAGAAACGAAAUAUAUCUAAGUCCGUCGAGUCAUCGUCAAGUGAUUCUUCUCCACCAACAGGAACAAGAAGUAAAGAUUCUUCGAAUGGAGGUGUACCAGGACAGAUUCCAGCCAAGUCUCAUUCAGCGAAGGAAUUAAAUGAACUCCAAGCUAUUGAAGCGUGUAGCUGGCUGCGAGCUGCUGGAUUUCCUCAAUAUGCUCAGAUGUACGAAGAUAACCAAUUUCCCAUCGAUAUUAGCAUUGUGCAGAAUGAUCAUGCUUUUCUACCUCCGGACUCUAUUCAGUCCUUAUUCCGGAGGUUGAACACUCUGAAUCGAUGUGCGAAAAUGAAAUUUAUGGACCACUCGCAUCGUAAAUCGUUAAGAACAGAAGAGAGUGAUGAGGAAGAACAGUAUGCUUUGAGUGAAAAUUGGGAAUUUCAAAGAUCGAGCAGGCGAUGGUCAAGAAUCCCUCCAACCUCUGAAGGCAUUAUAGACAGCAUUCCAACCGAUCCACCUGCACCAGCAAGACCAUCAGGAAAUCUCCUAACUGCUCCCAGUCGGCAAUAUCUGAGUCCUGAAGAAGCUUAUUGCAGCAGUCAUGACAGUGUUUUUAUUGACGAACAGCAUAGUAGCCCUGAAAGUAUACGAAGAGGUUCCGUGAUCAAGUCUGAGAAGGGAUGUAUAUCGCCCACAGGUUAUGUGGGUGAUUGUAGUCCUGGAUCUAGUUCGGGGUCUGGCGGAACCAUAAGCGUUGCUUCGGAAGACAUGCUGGAACGAAAGAAUUUGCGUAGAAGUGGGAGUGAUCGCGUCAAAGAAGGUGCUAAAGCUCUUUUAAGACGAAUGGAAAGCUUGAAGGGUAAGAGAAAAAAGAAAGUUGAAACUAAGGAAGUUGAAAGUGUCAACAUAGCUCAGAGUGCGACUGACGGAAGCUCUUCUGGUAGUUUAACUUCAUCUCCUCAAUUCCGUCGAUCGCAAAGAUAUGCCGGUGAAAGCCAAAAGAAAAGUGAUACUUUGCAUGUAAAAACUAGUGCACCCAAUGCUCAUAGUGAUCCAGAAUCAUCUUUAAGUUUCCCAUCUGAUAAAUGGAAAGAUGCAAAUAGUAAUACAAAGUACUUUAAGUACUGCGCCGUGAAAACAGCUGUUACUAUUACUGCACCCGAUGAAACUCCAUCUGGUUGCGAAGAAGACAGAAAUAGUUUCUUGAAAUCCGACGCAAAAAGUAAGAAAUCAUUAUUGCAUCCAUCAUCUGCUGUCCAAGAUAAAGAAACCUGUGAUAAUAGAGGCAGCUACUAUGAUAAUAUUACUGCACCUAUAGUUAUAUUUAAUGAUUUAUGUACUGCCAAUUUAGAUUACAGUCCUCAGCAUCAAGGUGAUGCCCAGAGUGGUUCUGUUUCUCCUAUUGGUGCCUCCAGCUCAAACCAAGAUGAAGAAAUCAUAAUCGUGAACACCGAAAGGCGGGAUUCUGGAGUAGGAUCAUCUUUGACCAGAGGGAUUACCUACCAGCAAGCACCCUGGCAUUGUUUCCCAGUUCAUCCCUCUGAAACAAAAUCAUUACCGAGUCCGGUCCAAGUAACUGAUCUUACAGCACCGCAGAUGCUUCUACUGAGGAAACUGUCCCUUUUAAAGUUAACAACCCUUAUGGAGAAGUAUUCGCCCACUAGUCGAACAGGAUGGAGUUGGGCUGUGCCAAAACUCUUCCGCCGCAACCGUAGUACCGAUUAUAAAGAUAAGGUAGUAUUUGGUGUACCUCUGUUAAUGAUUCUUCAGCGAACCGGUCAACCUUUACCCAGUUCAAUACAAGCGGCAAUCCAUUAUCUGCGAGAAACAGCGCUGGAUGCCUCUGGCUUGUUUCGGAAGUCAGGUGUAAGAUCAAGGAUACAGAAAUUGAAAAGCAUGAAUGAAAGUGAUCCUGAGAAGAUCAACUAUGAAGAGCAACAAGCCUAUGAUGUUGCUGAUAUGCUGAAGCAGUAUUUCCGUGAGCUUCCUGAAGCUCUUCUCACAAACAAACUUUCAGAGACUUUCAUCAGUAUUUUUCAGUAUAUUCCAGCCGAAUUACGUUUGGAAGCUAUUCAGGCUGCUUUGAUGUUGAUGCCUGACGAGAAUAGAGAAGUUCUUCAAGCCUUACUGGAGUUCCUGCAUGAAGUGUGCCAGCAUUCUGGCAUUAAUCAGAUGACUGCUACGAAUCUUGCUGUUUGUUUUGCACCGUCUAUAUUCCAUCUUUCGACCCCUCGAAGCACUAGUUCUAGUCCCCGACGCCGGAAAACGGUUGGUGCACCAGAUAUGAAAGAACUUAAUGAAAACCGAGCAGCGUAUGAAUGUUUGUCCUGUAUGGUAUCUAACUACCUAUAUCUAUUCUCGAUCUCGGACGAGAUGAUUUCCCAAAGUCGCAUUUCAUCAACGAUCCAUUACCACCCUGCUACAAUGGAAGAGUAUUCAUCUUUUGUGUAUAGUGAUCAGACUGGAUUGAAAUCUUAUUUUGACAAUUGUAUACAAAUCUUUUUGAAGGAAUCUCGAGAGAAAUAUAAGGGAUGGAUAAAUGUUUGUCAGUAUGAUCAUGUGGACCUCUCCUAUAAAAAACUUGCUGAUGGUCAUCCUUUAAGGCUUUGGAAAGUGUCUACUGAAGUUGAAGCUCCUCCAGUUGAAUUACUCAAUAGAGUUUUAAGAGAAAGACAUUUAUGGGACAGUUCCUUUACUAAGUGGAAGGUGGUUAGCCGAAUCAAUGCACAAACAGAAGUAUUUCAGUAUCUUAAUGUGUCAUUACCUCCUCAUCCCCCAUGUGAUUACUCAGUGUUAAGGAAUUGGAGGACUGAUUUACCAAAAGGAGCUUGCAUAUUAGUAGAAACUUCAGUUAAGUAUCCUGAAGCAGAAAUAACAAGCGGUAGCGUCAGAGCUCUAAUGUUGGCAUCACGGUAUUUGAUUGAACCUUGUGGAGCUGGGAAAUCUCGAGUUACUCAUAUCAGCAGAGUUGAUACAAGGGGACGAUCUCCAGAGUGGUAUAAUAGAGCUUAUGGACAUAUUUGUAUCCAAUUAUUGAUAAAACUAAGGAGUUCUUUCUCCCGUAGUGGCACAGAUGGACCAGAGACAAAAGUUUAAAAUAUCACUUUGAUUUGCAGAAAAUGUAAUUUAUGUAUAGAAACAAUUACAAUGCCGUUAUUUUUGUUUUGCUUAAUGCAAAACGAAUGAAUUUGUUAUGAAUUUUAGAGGCAACAGUUGUGUUUUGAAAUUCUUAUUUGCAAUUGUUUUGAAAAGCUAGUCACAGAGCACAAUGAAUAAGCAAGAUGAUUUGUCAGCUGUCCUAUCGAUGAAAUAUGUUUGUUGAAGAUUGUGUAUAUUUAAUAUUUCAGAAUCCUGUUGAGAAAAGAGCCUAAUUUUACCUUUUGAGUAACAUCUAAAUCAGCAUUUAUUUCAUGGCUUGUUUCAAUUUACUGCAUACAAUUUAUUUGUUAUCAUCAUUGGCUGUCUGUAUGAAUGGCAUAGCAUCGCAUUUCAUUUUAUUCCAGAUCAUAUUUCCUUUGUUCAUGAAAAAUAGAAGUAUAUCAUUGUUCAUACAUUUUCAUGAAAAACAUAUAUUGAUAUGGUGCUUAAAACUUUACUGUGUUAUAUUUUAUUUAAACAUUUGCAUGCAUCUUCUUCUCAUUUGAUAAUUCUUUUAAAAAUAGGAAUGAUCUAAUAUUAUCUCUUUUACUUAUUUUACUGCAUUCCUUCAAACCAAAAACAUUUCAUUGUGCUUUUAAAUUUCUGAAAUUUGUUUAAUGUCACUCUGUUUAUAAGCAGUAUUUUUAAUUUUCGAAGUUAUUUGUUAAAUUGUUAUCAGUUGAAUAAAAUCAUUUAAAGGUGAAAAAAA